UCAGUUGACAUGUGCUCCUGUGCACUCUGCUCAUCUAUAUUCAGUUAAUGCAGCUCCUGUAGACAAGAUAAUAAAGCAUACAGCAUGGGAGCAUCUUCUUCUGGAUUACUAGAUGAGGCCAAAAUCAACCACAUCAAAGGGCUCGUUGACAGCACCUUUCAGAGCUUCAGUGGGAUUUACAGGCAGCAGUACUCUGUAUCCUACCUUGGACACAUCCACCAGGAGGUGGAGCCUAAAAAGGAGGGGAGAGGCUUUUUGCUCACACAAAGGCCAAAAACUGAUGGAGAUGAGGUGCUGUACCAGGGAGGUGUUAAAUUCUCCUGCUGGGAUGAGCAGGGAAAGAAAUGUAGAGAGAGAUAUGCUGUCCUAAAGAGAGACUAUAAAGUGGAAAUACAUGAUAGCAUGGAGACUUUUAGUCGUGGAUCUGCUCCUAAACUGGUCCUGCAGCCAGCAGGAGGAGUUGUGUUCACCACUGAGGAGGAGUCGAGAGAAUACCUGGAGAAAGCCUGUGCUGGUUUACUCAACGGAGUGAAAGAGGAUUCUUCUUCUUCUUCAGCUGCAUCAUCUCCAGAUGUGUUUGCUGUAUAUCUCCAUCUACCUUACGCAGGUCACACCUGCUUCCUGUUUCAACAAGAAGAUGAGAGAAAUCACUUCCUCUCUGGCCUCAAGGCCUGUAUUAGACACCGAAACCUUGACCCCUGGCAUGAGUCGUCCCACGAGAGUCAGGCCUAUGCCCGAGCCCUCCGUCUUUACCGACAGGAGAAAGGAUGCUACGAAUCAUGGGAGAAGCUGCUGGGCACCGAGGAACAGGUGCUGGCCCGCCUGGUGAUGGAGGAUGUGUUGUCAUGGCUACAAAACCAACUUCAGCCUAAGAUGAAGGGCAAGAAGGCUGAACGGAUCCGACAAUGGCAGGCAACAGUUCAAGGGACCUACACCCUGGUGCUGGAACAGCUGACUGCAGGUUUGGAGGCUCUGAGGGAGGAGUGUCGCCAAACAGCAUCAGCAAGUCAAGCCCUCAUCAGGUCCCACCUGGACCAGAUAAUGUCCUCUCAUGUCUUCCUGGAGCAGAAAGUCAGAGCAUGCAUAUCUGAAGAGACAGAGAAAGUGUGCAGUGAGUCAGUGGUACCCUACUUGUCCUCCAUCCUUGAAGCACUUAACGAACACAUCGGUGCAGGAAUUCUUGGGAUGCAGGACACACUGCAAACCCAAAUGAAUUCUGCAUUUUCACUCACAAAUGGAAAGGCGGAAGACACCAAAAAGGCCUUGACUGCUCUGCGCUCUAUCAGUCUGGAUGAGAGCUACAGAAAGGUGGAGAACCUGAGUGGCAAACUGGAAAACCUAAAAGAGAGGUUCGGAGUGAGCAGUGUCGAGAGGCUUGUUCAGUCUGCAAAUCUGGAGAUGGAGCAGCUAUUGGACAGCGCUGUUUACACUUUGGAGCAGAUCUUCCAGUCAUCAACACGAUCGGAACCAUCUCAGCUUCCUGCCAAGAUGACGAGAGCUAAAGAAAGAGUGUUAAAGCAGCUGGAUUACGACAGCAGGGUGCUUCAGAGGAGGCUGUAUCAGGAAGCUCUGCAGGAGAUCACGCUGCCCUCUCUCGUCAGUCGGAUGGACAGCAAAUACAAAACGGAGCUGGAGCAGUUUGAGCAGUACAUUUUCUCGGACUACAGCAGUUUUAUUCUGGUUCACAAUGUCUACGAUGACGUUCUGAGAAACAUCCUGGUUAGGGAGGUCACAACAGUGGUCCAGGAUGCUGCCAGUAAGAAGAGCAACAAUCUCCUGUUGGACACGUCAGAUUUAGCCAUAAGCCAGUACAGUCUAGCAGGGCAGACACCUCCUAUCUCUGCCCCUGACAGCCCAGCGGUUCAGCCUCGACACCCAGAGGAAAGUACAAAUGAUGAAUCUGCAACUGUGAAGGAAGAUCAGAGCAAAACAUCAGAAGUUUGUCUUGAGGGGGAUGCAGAACUAAAGGCUGAGGCCAUGCCUGAACUCAGUCCAGCUCAGGCCCUUAAUCCGAGCAUUUCACUUCAGUCUCCUGUGAUUGUUGUGACACAACAGUUUGAUGAACAUGAAAACAAAGAGACUCAGGGCUCGGCGGAAACUGGGAAAGAGGAUAAAAGUGAAAGCGAGGCAGCAGGAGAGAAAGUAGAAGUUGAAUCUUCCAACACAGAUGGAGCUUCUACUCAAGAAGCUGCUGAGACCGACCCUGGCUCCACCAUCCAGCACUCUCCUGAUCCUGCUUCUUGUGUCCCGAUUCAAACAGAAGAUGCCCAAGAGGAUAAAAGUGAAAGCGAGGCAGCAAGAGAGCAAGUAGAAGUUGAAUCUCCCAACAUGGAUGGAGCUUCUACUCAAGAAGCUUCUGAGACCGACUCUGGCUCCGCCAUCCAGCACGCUCCUGAUCCUGUUUCUUGUGUCCCGAUUCAAACAGAAGAUGCCCAAACUGAAUCUACUCCAAGUGAAUCUGUAUUAAGUGAAAAUCAAAUCUCACCUGACCUCCUGACCUCAGAGGAGACCUGCUCCGUCCAGCUCCCAUCACCGACGCAGUCCCCCUGCUCGGACAGUACAAUGAAAAUCAGUCUAGGGUCUCUAAGCGAAGCUAUAGCUCCAUGCAGCAUGGAGUCUGUGGUAAAGCAGCCUACUGACAGGGCAGUCUACUUGACGGGCCCAAUCAAGGACAACUGGGAGGUUGAGAGAAUAAAUGAGGAAAAACAGAAAGAAGCAUCAGAGAAUAAGAAAAGCAAGGCCAGAGACGAGGACCAAAAUGGAGGACAAGAAGACGGUGCAGCCCAAACAGGAGGCGAUUCUAUCGGUGAACCAUGUGCAUCAUCGGCAUUAGCAGUAGAGAGCACCACGGUCUCAACGCCUAAGCUGACGGGGAUUGAAGGAGGUCUGGAUGAUGAUCAAACGAAAGGUCAGAUUCCAACAGGGGCUAAGGCAGAGGCAGCAGAGGGAGGAGAACAUGCAGAAGAAAAGGAAAACAAUGAUCAGGAGAAGGUAGAUCAAACUUUUCAGCCAAUGGAAUCAAUUCCAGAGUCUGAAUCUGACCCUCAGUUGGACAGCGUGUCCAUCAUCAGAGACCUGGUGACCGAGAUUGUUGAAGUGGAGAUAAUGAUCAGCCCCUCUGAAAGCACCAGCAGCACCGAUCCCCCGACAUAAACACCACGUCCACAGAGAGAGAAUCACAGACAAAUCGACUAGUAAAGGUUUACAACAAUACACUUAUUUGUAAAUGACACAGAAAUCUGAGAGGUCAAAUAGGUCCAGUUUUAUUUAAUCAACGGGCAUUCAAUUAGAUUUUGAUAAAAACACUUUUUAAUUUAAUUUUGUUGACAUGAGCUGUUUUUUUAAAUUUUUUAUAUGUAAUCAAGUUGCCAAAUAAACAUGU